UGAGAAUAAUAAAAUCAGAAAAACCUACUGAUAACGAUGUCACGUUAUUAAAAUCUGAUUCUCACUUUGAGGUUAACAAUGUAAACGAUGAAAAAGAUCAACAAAUUUCAACUAGCUCUGUUAGCGAAACUGCUUCACGUCAAGAAAAUGAAGAAGAUGAAUCCUUUUUAGAAAUGCACUUGAAAUCAAAAUCUGGAUAUCCUGCGAAAAAUGCACGUAUAAGUUAUAAAGAAGUUUCUUCUUAUACACCAAUACAAACUGUUGUUGAACGCGCCAAAAAAGUUGUCAAUAGAAAAGAUUUAGUUGUUGUAGGGCGUCAUUCACAUGUGAAUGAACCUCAUCACCAUUAUGAAUUUGGAGAAUUAAUUAAAAAUUUAGGCAAUUAUGGUAAUGAUACACAUAAAUCUCUAGGCUAUGUUUCUGAAGCAUUUUUAGUUGGGGGUGUUAUGGCAAGUCUUUUGGUUUUACAAGCAAAGCAAGUUAAAGAUGAAAAAAAAACGAGUUGA